AUGAGUGAAAAUAUUUUCCCACAAAGCAUUUCAAGUACAUUUAAUUUUGAUAAUUCAUUUUCAACUACCAAUUUAAUACUGGCAACAAUGAAUUCUAAUGAUUCUACUGAGUAUUACGAAAAACAGAAACGACAAUUUAGUGGUGAACAGGAACAAGUGGAUGUAAUUCCCUCAGCAGCAGCAACAACAACAGUGACAGCAACAGCAGCAAAUAUUAUGAUGACAAAAACAGAUAGCAAAAUGGAUCAAAUAAGUUCAUAUUCAGAGUUCAACCAGAUUAAUAUUAGUAGAGGAAACUGUAGUAAUAACGGUAGCCAUGAAAGUAUUGAUAAUGUCCUCAAAGAAGUGACAGAAUCUCCACUGUCAUUAUCAUCAACGUUUUCAAUAACAAACGAAAAUAAAGAUUGUAAAACAACGAUUAACGCUAGUACCGCCAACACUAUGAAAGAUAGCAAUACCAUAGACCCUUUUGAUAGAUCACUACUGAAUUUUGUAAAUCACCCAACAAAUAAUACUGAACUUGAUAAAACUGCGAGGACAAUACAUCAGAAAAUGUCUGUAAAUAGUUUAAUUACCCCGAUGAAUUCCAGUCCUGGAAUAAAUUUCUUCCCAGAGGUAGUUAAUUGUAAAGCCGAUCGUAAUAGCAACAAUACAGUGCAUCAGACUGAACAGUUAGGCAGCCUUACGCAGACCACUUUGAAUGCAUUAUCUAUGGCUUACUCAUCCUUGAUUGCCAACGGAUUUUGCAGUUUAGGCAAUAAGUGUGACGACGUUUUCAGUUGCGACAAUAAGAAUGCUACUGAUGGACGGAGAGAAAAAUUUCAACCAGUUGUGCAAUAUCCUUCAAUUCCUAACUUACUUAAAUAUCGUUCAUUGGUGCCAAUAUCGGAAGCCCAAUCAGCAACAGUACCACAGUCCACAACAAUAUCACCAUCACCUACAACGCCAGCAUUGCCAUCCUCUAUAUUUUGGCCAACUCCUUAGCAAGAAUAAAUUCCGGAAGUUUAUCACACUCAGCCAACCCACCUGUUAGUGAUCCAGUCAACAGUAACAUCACUGGCAAUAAUAAGAGCUUUGCUAAUUGCAAAU